AAGCUAAUAAGGAUGCACACACUAACAAGGGGAAGUAGCCUAACUCAGAUUGCCGAGUAGUUCGCAUUUUGCUCCAGCUCCUACCGUCUGAGAGAGUAACCUGAUCGUCUCUAUAUGCUUCGAUAAGAAACGUAUGAUUUGAUGACCAAAAUAAAAUAUUAGUACAGUUGUAAAUAUUAGGACAAUAUAGAUUUAUGUUUUGCAGGCUUCACUACCACAGACUCUUAUAAUCGUUAUACGGAAAAGGAAAGCCCGGAAAAGUUACUAUCGAGUGGAGGGGGACUUGGGCUCUGCACACUUCGUGUUGAUGUUAGGGCACUGUUGGUACAGUGGCAGCCUAGAUUACGUGGUAGCAUAAAGGGAACAGUGCUUUUGUGCACCCUCCGCCAUGGAGGCCACCGGCAUGUUUGAUUUCAGUGCUACCGCUGAGGACGAGCUAAGCUUCAGGAAAGGAGACACACUCAAGAUCUUAGGGACCAACGAUGACUGGUUCAAAGCAGAAAUGCACGGCCAUGAAGGCUUUGUGCCCAAAAAUUACCUCAGAAUCGACCUCCCCAGCUGGUACCAGGAGAACACGGGUCGGCACGAGGCCCAGGAGGCGCUCCACCCCAGGCCCGUGGGCUCCUUCAUCAUCCGCAGCAGCCAGAGCUCCCCGGGGGACUUCUCCAUCUCCGUCAGGCAUGAACAGGACGUACAGCACUUUAAGGUGAUGCGGGACAACCGUGGUCAGUACUACCUGUGGACAGAGAGGUUCACAUCCCUCAACAAAAUGGUGGAGUACUACACCCAGAACUCCAUCUCCAAGCAUAGUCGCAUCUUCCUACGGAAAAGUGACCAGCAGCCGCACGGUUUCAGAGGACCUCCUGAGCCAAUGCCACCUCCGCAGAGUUUCAGAGGACCUCCUGAGCCAAUGCCACCUCCGCAGAGUUUCAGAGGACCUCCUGAGCCAAUGCCACCUCCGCAGAGUUUCAGAGGACCUCCUGAGCCAAUGCCACCUCCGCAGAGUUUAAGAGGACCUCCUGAGCCGGUGCCACAUCAACAGGAGCGAGGACGCAGCACGACGAGAACCGGCGCUCUGCCCGCCCGCCCAUCGGAGCCCCUUCCUUCUCCUCCUCAGCCGGCCGCGCUGAAAGUGAGGGCCUUGUACAACUUCUCGGCAGAGGAGAGGGACGAGCUGGACUUCAGCAGCGGAGAUGUGAUCGAGGUCGUGGACCAGACGGACCCGUCCUGGUGGAAGGGAAAGCUUCGGGGGCGGACAGGCCUCUUCCCAUCUAACUACACCACACCUGUAUGACCACAAGGCCCAGCCUCAUCACGCUCUCUCUGCAGGAACACAGUUAUGUUUUGCCUGAUUUCAGUCCCUUCUCUAAUUGUUGUUGUUGUUGUCCAUGCCCAUUUCAAAACAGUUACAACAGUCCAUGAUAUCUCAUACACAUUGCUUAGUCUAUUUGUACCUCUGUUGCAUUGUAUUUUCACGUCUCAAUAAAAUGUAUUUUUCUGAA